GCUCCGUGCCGGCUCAAGAUGCUUGUGCAGAUUCCAAGAACCCACCACGUUGUAUCCGUAACUUGUCGACAACAUGAUGCUGCAACGCUACUAGAUUUCUGUCUCUUUGGCUCUGAUCUUUUCGUCCCUCCUUUUCACUAGAUAUUGUAUCUAUGAGAUUUCACAAUUUUCUUAUUGUGCUGGCCGUGAUAGAUGAUUGGAGAUUUCACCUUUUCUUCCAGAAGUAAUCACCCGGAUCGACGGUAGGAUCUCGAGAUCGUCGUUCAUCAGAGACUAGAAUUACAAGGAGAUGGCGCCACCGGUUGAGGCAGCCACCCGAAAAAGGGUCCUACGAGUCAUCUUCUUCUCCCUGCUGCUCGAUUUGAUAUCCUUCACCUUCAUCCUCCCGUUGUUCCCCAAGCUGCUCGAGUUCUACCGCAACGCAGAGGCCCCUGUCGAUCCCGCCGGCCAGCCGUCGACGACAUUACUCUCAAGCGUGCUCGGCUAUCUCAACGCAUACAAGGCUGCCUUUGCGCGGCCAAUCGACUCCCGCUAUGACAUCGUUCUGCUGGGCGGAGCGUUGGGGAGUCUCUUUUCACUCCUCCAAGCAGUUGCCUCUCCGGUAAUUGGCCACCUCUCGGACAAAUAUGGCCGGCGCACCGCCCUGCUCGCCAGUAUGAUUGGUAACAUACUGUCGGUGCUGCUGUGGGUCGUAGCUGUCGAUUUCCGGACGUUCCUGGCCUCGCGCAUCGUCGGCGGGCUCUCUGAGGGCAACGUGCAGCUUGCCACGGCCAUCGCGACCGACAUCUCGGAUGCCAACAGCCGCGGCUCGACCAUGGCUCUCAUCGGCGCGUGCUUCUCCAUCGCGUUCACCUUUGGGCCAGCGCUGGGCGCCUGGCUCAGCUCCAUUGCCACCGUGGCCGCCAAUCCGUUUGCAACCGCCGCUGGCGUGUCGCUCUUCCUGAUCGUCACCGAGACGGUGUAUCUGUACUUCAGCCUGCCGGAGACCCUUCCCUCGCUCACGAACCUAGACACGGCAGCAAGGGUAAAAAGGAAGCCCAAGUCGGCGCCGCAGCCAGUCCAGCGGACAAACUCGCAUUUCCUGCUCAACCUGGUGCACAUGACCUUCCUGCUCUUCUUUUCAGGCAUGGAGUUCUCGCUGCCCUUCAUGACGUACGACCUGUUCGAGUACACAUCGGCCAAGAACGGGCGUUUACUCGGCUACGUCGGCUUGGUAGCCUCGAUUCUGCAAGGCGGCGUGACCCGCCGGCUGCCGCCGUUGCUCUCGGUCAAGGUCGGCGUGCUGGCCUGCCUCGCCGCCUUUGUGCUCCUCGCGCGCAUCCAGAGCGUGUCUGGCCUAUACCUGGCGGCUACGUGUCUCGCGACCACGUCGGCCACCGUCGUGACGGGGCUCAACGCUCUCAGCAGCUUCGAGGCGGGCGAGGACGAAAGGGGAGGAAAGCUGGGCAUCCUCAGGAGCUGGGGCCAGCUCGGGCGCGGGCUGGGCCCCGUGCUCUUCACGAGCGUGUACUGGUGGGCUGGGCGCGAGGUUGCCUAUGGCAUGGGUGCUCUCGGGAUUGCGGGUGUGUGUACGCUCGUCUUGCUCGGGUUAAAGUCGCCGCCGGGGUCGGUCAGGCAAAAGCCUGUUCCUGCCGGCGCGGAUGAUCAUAAGAGAGAGCUGUAGCAUACGUAGCGCUGGGGGUUUUCUAUAUGCUGGAAAUGCACGUGUUGGAUUUUUCCGAUAUAGGUGAAAAAUAGAUGGUUCUCCAAGGAUGUCGCCCCUUACCAGGUGGAUGAGGGUGGAAAGGCCCAGGGCGCUGUAUCAUAACAUCAUCAACUUCUCAGGUACAAUAUUACGCCUAGCGCAUUCGCGCCCG